AUGUACUUCUCUGAUACAGAAUAUUAUUCCGUUGUCGAGUCAAUAAAAGAUCUAAACAAUUUUACUGCCUUACAAUAACAAUCUCUGACUGAGAAUACAAAAACUUUGCUGUCUUUAAAUAAUUCUUAUUAAAAUAAUGCCCAAUCCAUUCUUAAAUUGCUUCUCUAAGGAAUUGGAUAAAAAUCAAAUGAAAGAAAUGAAAAAAAUUUAGAAUCUGACUUAAGAGACUGUCCUGAUAUUGUAAAAUAUUAUUUUUAUCAGAGUAGCUUGAAACACACUUUAAAAAUACUUUAAACUAAAUUUAAAUCAAAAAUUAGGAAAUAAUUGAAAAAUUAUUAAUUUGCCAAUAGAAAAUAGAAUUUAAAGCAAAAAGAUAAAAAUCUUUGUAAAAAAAUGCUUCAUGGGAACUGGCUCUAAAAGAUGAAAUAGAUAUAUUAAAGAAAAAGGUUCAUCAACUUAAUGAAGCUUUAUAAUAAGUAGAAAUUUAAAUUUAAAAUUUUUGA